GGGAUCAAGAAGUGAUGUUCGUGAGUAUAACUAACGGCAAAUGCCAUUGACCAUCGACAUAUCGACUAAUGGAACCCGAGGGUUCGAUCCGGCGGCAAUGGCUUGUCUAAGGGAAUUGAACUCGGAAUACGAAAACCAUCUUGACCAGAUCGACGACCCGAUACCCAAGACUUGCGAGUGGGUUACAUCACAUGAGAUAUGGACUCUAUGGGACUCGGUACCAGGCUCAGCCCUCCUAUGGAUCUCAGCCGAUGCUGGCUGUGGAAAGUCGGUAGUAGCGAAGUAUCUCGUCGACUUUUUCCAAAAACGAACCUUCAGCGCACAUCUCCACACCCAUGUCUGCUACUUCUUCUUCAAGGAAGGACUAGAAAACCAGGACAAUGCUUCGUCAGCUGUUUCGGCGGUCCUUCACCAGCUACUCUCCAAACAAAGUCGGGUAAUGCACCAUGCCAUGGCCAAAUACCUCAGCAUGCCGAAGACUAGUUUCAAUCGCUUUCCCACACUUUGGUCUAUUCUACUAGCGGCAAUGGAUGAUAGAAACACAAAAAGCAUGGUGUUUAUACUAGAUGGUCUAGAUGAGUGCGAAGAGAAGUCCUUGGAUGAGUUCGUCAAAGCUCUGGCCGACUUCUUCCAGUCUCGCAAAGAAUUAACCGCCGAUUCGAGGCCAGCCUGUAAAAUCGUUCUCCUAAGCCGACCGCUCAACUCAUUCGAACGCAGGUUUGGACUCCGGUUGGGCAAUGGUAAUCUUAACAUUGGCUCACAGGACAGCAAGAAUGGUUGCAGUUUCAGGCUUAGUGCCGAGGAAGAGAGUGUCUCCGUUGCGAAGGAUAUCGCUCAAUUCGUGAUAUCAAAAGUUUCGGAUCUUGGUCAGCAAUCGGAAUUGUCUACUGAAAUUCUUGAUCGACUGAAAAAACGUCUUAUCAGCAAUGCCGAUUACACUUUCCUCUGGGUGUCUUUGGUCUUGAACAUCGUAAAAGAAGCUGAAGUUGACGGAAUUUCAAUGGGCCAGAUCGAAGCCAUCUUGGCGACUACCAAGCUCGAAGACGUUUACGAAAAGCUUUUGUCCGGUCGAGCAUCACCCUUGAAGACCAGAAAGGUUUUACUACUCAUCCUUGCAGCCGUUCGCCCAUUGACUUUAGAUGAGUUAUGCGGAGCUGUGGAGGUCAAUCAAGACUACCACGAACAGCCAGAUACAAAAGAGUCAAAACGAGCUUUGAACCACUCAGAAUUGAGACUCUCUGAGGAACAGCUCGGUCAGCAGAAGAAGGUGUUAGAGCUUCAGGCCUUCCAAAAGCCCGGAACUGCCAGGGCCACGACGACGGUCUUAUCACCAAACUCCUCAUCUUCAGCAGUUAGACCAGGGAAGAAGAAUACGAGACGAAGAGUCGUCACUAGAACCGGAAGUAUAAUGGAAUCAACAAAUCUCACGCCAAAGCUGAAGAAUACUGAGAGACGAGGUAUGACGGCUGCUUCCCUCCGGCCUAAGGCGAAUAACACUACCAUCAAUCGACAGCCAGCAACGCAGAUGCGAACGGUUUCUAAUCUGCAAGAGCUACAAAUUUUGGUGCACAGGCCGUUUAUCAAUCAUCUACGGCAAAUUUGCGGCCAUUUUGUCAGGAUUCGCAAUCAGAAAAUAUAUCUAGUCCACCAGACAGCCCGCCAAUUCCUUCUGGAUAGAGAUGGCGAGCUCGAUUUCAAGAUGAUUCUUCGAUGGAAAAGGCGUUCUCUAGCCACAGACCAAGACAGGCAGAAAUCAGGAAGCUCGGAGCUUGUCUCGCAAUGGCAACAUUCAAUCAGUCUGGCGGAUGCAAACAUGUACAUGCUUCAACUUUGCGCUGAUUACAUCAAUUUGAUCCAGUCAGAGGAGCCUUUCAAUAAGACUGUCUUGGACCACCACGAAGCGAGCGUUUAUCUCAAAGAGUGUCGCAACGAUCCUCGUCGGGCAUUCCUAAGAUACGUUUCACGUCACUGGCUAGACCACUAUCGACCUGUACGGGAAGAUCUGAAGCGCCCCUACGACUACCUGCUCCAACCAAACACUUCUCACUUCAACGCGUGGAUUAUAUCCCAUGGUUCUUGGGUGCCGGAGGAGCAACGGAGAGGUCUGGAAGCAUCGGGUCUCUCCUACCAGACGGGCCCUGGCAGAGUCGAACUACGUCAGGAUGAUGCCAACGCUGGUCCUUCGGAGAAGGAAGAACAGGAACUUCAAGCGGCUCUGCAACAUUUCAAUCUCAUGGGCAACGAGAUUGAUUUGUACGACGAAGAGUAUAUUAAUGGGAAACGAUACUGGAAAGCAAAGGACUACAUGGAUGCAGGCGAUGCCGGCACCUCAGACGAAGAUGAGGAACUUGACAAGGACUUGAAGGAAUCGAAGGCAACGAUUCCUGAUCGUAUGCAGUACUAUCGCCAACAGCAGAGUCGGCGGGUGGUCGAAAGCAUUGCCGAGGGUAGAAGCGCAACCUCGGCUUCCAUGGCAAAUCCGACUUCGUCUCGAUCCUGGCUGAGGUGA